ACAGAACCGACUCCSGUUGGACCGCAGGUUCUGGGAGGAGCAAAAGGAGGGGCCUUCCUCUGAAGGAGCUUCAUCAACACCAGCAGGAUGGAGACCAGCAGGAACAGAACCAUGGCCGACUCUCAGAACCACACCGGCUCGGAUGAGCUCAUCUUCUUCGUGAAUGGAAGGAAGAUUGUUGAAACGAACCCCGACCCUGAGAUGACUCUGCUGACGUACCUGAGGAGAAAAUUGGGGCUGACAGGAACCAAGCUGGGCUGUGCUGAAGGGGGAUGUGGCGCCUGCACCGUCAUGCUGUCCAGAUACCAGGCGGAGCCGCAGCAGCUGCUACAUUACGCCGUGAACGCCUGCCUCGCACCCCUGUGCUCGCUACACCUGGUUGCCGUGACAACGGUGGAGGGAAUUGGCAGUGUGGCGAGAAAGUUGCACCCUGUACAGGAACGGAUCGCCAAGUCUCACGGCUCUCAGUGCGGUUUCUGCACUCCGGGAAUCGUCAUGUCAAUGUACGCACUUCUGAGGAACAACCCCACUCCAAACAUGGCCGACGUGGAGGAGGCCUUCCAAGGAAAUCUGUGCCGCUGUACAGGAUACAGACCAAUUCUGGAGGGAUACAAGACAUUCACGGUGGUACGAACAGAUGUUAAAAACAUGGUGUACCCUGUGAUCUUGGCUCCUGGUUUCAUCGCUGAGCUGAAUGCAGUGACUCACACUGAGGAUGGCAUCGUGUUUGGUGCAGCAUGCACCCUCAGCCACAUGGGGGCGGUGCUGAAAGAGGCCGUUCAGACUCUUCCUCCUCAUCAGACUGAAGUCUUCCAGGCCGUCUUGGAGCAGCUGCGAUGGUUUGCAGGACAGCAGAUCCGUAAUGUAGCUGCCAUUGGUGGAAACAUCAUGACAGCCAGUCCCAUAUCAGACCUCAACCCUGUGUUUAUGGUGGCGGGCUGUAAACUCACACUGAGGGACAAAGAUGGCAGUCGGGAGGUUCAGAUGGACGACAGUUUCUUCACAGGUUACAGGAAGACAACCGUAMGACCUCAGGAGAUUCUGAUCUCUAUACUCAUCCCAUACAGCAAGAAGUGUCAGUUCGUCUCAGCUUUCAAGCAGUCCCCACGCCGUGAGGAUGACAUCAGCAUCGUCACCGCAGCGAUGAGCGCUAUCUUCUCUCCUGGRACUGAUAUAGUUAAGGACCUGAGGUUCAGUUAUGGCGGCAUGGCGCCGGUGACGGUACUGGCCAAAAAGACAGCAAACCGRCUGCUGGGAAAGCAGUGGGGGGAGGAGCUUCUUCAGGAGGCUUGCUCCUCUUUGGCUAAGGAGAUGAGCCUUGACCCCUCUGCACCUGGUGGCAUGGUGACAUACCGCCAAACCCUGACCCUAAGCCUUUUCUACAAGUUCUACCUGACGGUUCUGAAGAAGCUCAGAUUGCAGGGUCUGAAUGUGCAGGAGGUUAGUUCAGAGUGUCUGAGUGCCACAGAGAUUUACCAUCCAGACACACCGUCCAGCGUUCAGGUCUACCAGGCGGUGCCAGAGGGRCAGAACCAGGAUGACAUGGUGGGCCGUCCCAUAAUGCACCUGUCAGCCCUGAAGCAGGCCACAGGUGAGGCAGUUUACUGUGAUGAUGUGCCUCUCUACGAGAACGAGCUUUACCUGGCCCUCAUCACCAGCACCAAAGCUCACGCUAGGAUACUCUCUGUGGACGUAUCAGUGGCAGAGCGGUGUCCCGGAGUCGUCUGCUGUCUUUUUGCCAGUGACAUUCCCGGUAGUAACAUAACUGGAGUAAGACAAGAYGAGACGGUCUUUGCUGACGGCCAGGUGACCUGUGUGGGUCACAUUAUYGGUGCUGUGGUGGCCGACUCCCAGCUUCAUGCUCAGAGAGCUGCCAAAGCUGUGAAGAUUCAGUAUGAAGAGCUGAAGCCCAUCAUCACCAUCCAGGAAGCCAUCACCACCCAGUCCUUCUAUGAACCAAUCAGAACCAUCCAGAACGGAGACCUGGAAGCAGGCUUUAAACAAGCUGAUUAUAUACUGGAGGGUGAGAUCCAUAUGGGAGGUCAGGAGCAUUUUUACCUGGAGACAAACGUCACUCUAGCUGUUCCCCGAGAAGAAGAUGGAGAAAUGGAGCUCUUCAUUUCCAGCCAAUCGCCUUCUGAUUCUCAGUCUUUUGUAGCAAAGGCCUUGGGUGUCCCGUCAAAUAGGAUUCUGGUACGAGUUAAGAGGAUGGGUGGAGGGUUUGGAGGAAAGGAAAGUCGGACCACCGUGUUGUCCACCGUUGUUGCUGUGGCAGCAAACAAGUUGAAGAGACCUGUCAGGUGUAUGCUGGAUAGAGAUGAGGACAUGCUGAUCACUGGAGGUCGUCAUCCGUUCUACGGGAAAUACAAAGUUGGUUUCCUCCAGAGUGGGAAGGUUGUCGCUCUGGAUGUGACUUUCUAUAGCAAUUCAGGAAACUCCAUGGAUCUCUCCCUGGCAAUUAUGGAGCGUGCUCUGUUCCACAUGGAAAAUUCAUACCGUAUACCAAACGUGCGUGGCCAAGGCUUCCUGUGUCGCACCAACCUCCCAUCCAACACAGCCUUCAGAGGCUUUGGAGGGCCUCAAGGCAUGAUGGUGGCUGAGAACUGGAUUACAGAUGUGGCUCAUAGUCUGGGCCGCUCACCUGAGGAGGUGCGCCGGUUGAACCUGUACUUGGAGGGAGAGUCAACGCCCUACAAYCAGAUCCUGCAUGGGCUCACAUUGGAUCGCUGCUGGGAUGAGUGUCUGUCACGAUCUGAAUACGAACAACGACGAGCUGCUGCUGAUCUCUUUAACAGACAGAACCGGUGGACCAAACGAGGACUUGCGAUCGUGCCCACUAAGUUUGGCAUCAGCUUUACAGCCACCUUCCUCAAUCAGGCUGGAGCUCUCGUCCACAUCUACAGAGACGGCUCUGUGUUGUUGACUCAUGGAGGGACAGAGAUGGGACAGGGACUCCACACCAAGAUGGUCCAGGUGGCCAGCAUGGUUCUGGGUAUUCCCUGUUCAAAGAUUUUSAUCUCAGAGACCAGCACCAACACCGUGGCCAACACCAGCCCCACCGCUGCAUCCGCAUCCUCCGACCUCAAUGGGGCGGCCGUUCAGAARGCCUGCGAGACUCUGCUGAAGCGCCUGGAGCGGUUCAAGACCAAGAAUCCCAAAGGAUCAUGGGAGGACUGGGUGAAUGCUGCUUACUUCGACAGAGUCAACCUCAGUGCCAACGGCUUUUACAAGACUCCAGAUCUGGGCUAUGACUUUGACACAAACUCAGGCAGGGCCUUCAACUACUACAGCUAUGGAGUGGCUUGUUCAGAGGUGGAGAUAGACUGUCUGACUGGAGCUCACAAGAACUUGAGCACCACUAUAGUGAUGGACGUAGGUCACAGUUUAAAUCCAGCCAUCGACAUCGGACAGGUUGAGGGGGGCUUCAUGCAGGGUCUGGGCCUCUUCACGCUGGAGGAGCUCCACUACUCCCCUCAGGGGGUUCUCCUCACUCGGGGUCCUGGUUCCUACAAGAUUCCUGCCUUUGGCGACAUUCCCACUCAGCUGACCGUCUCGCUGCUCCGAGAUGCUCCCAAUGAAAAGGCCAUCUUUGCCUCCAAGGCGGUGGGUGAACCUCCUCUCUUUUUGGCGGCAUCUGUUUUYUACGCCAUCAAAGAUGCCAUCAGAGCCGCCCGGGCGGAGUCACGAAUGAUGGGACCCUUUAGGCUGGACAGUCCGGCCUCAGCAGAACGGAUCCGCAAUGCCUGUUGUGACCGAUUCACCAAACUGUGCCCUCCAGCUGAGCCAGGAACCUUCACCCCCUGGUCUGUACGGGUGUAGAGGACGAUUUGGUCUCAGAAGCUGUGAUCGUCUCAUCAAGUCCUGGUGUAAUGGAGGUUCUGGAUAUUUUGGAUGAUACAGAGAACCUCUGAGGUUCUGGGAGCAUUUCCACAAAUCUUCCCUCAAUAAAUCCACUUCGUCUAAUUUCACCAUCUGUAAGGACAAAUGUGAGCUACAUGACGAUGACUGUGUCUAGAGAAAAUAAAACUUGAUGAAACCUG